AGCACCUCAGCGUCGCAUCACGUGUCCGCCGCUGUGUUUUUGUUGGGAGAUGAAUAUGGCGCAGACGGACGGACAUUGCUGAAGACGCCAAGAACACAAGCAGUGGAAUAUUUUUGGAAAGGCUCGACUUUGUACAAUGCAAGGGUGAAAUGGUCUCAAUCUUGAAUUGGAUCGCUUCUACCGCUUCAUUGAUGACUAAAAGGCCGCCAGGGCAGAGGAGCACCUUCACUGGCAUUCAUAAACAUUUCUAUAGGACUUCAGCCCCCUGAGUGUGCUGAGCUGAGUGUGGUGGUGCGAUAGUGGUGAUAUCCACCGUCUUUACGCCUAUUACGGGAGGCCGACGGGACAGAAUGGCUGGGAAAGUGAAAACGACCAACGAUCUGCCGAAAGGCGUAGAGAGAUUAAAAGAGGAACAUCGAAAGGUGGUGAAAGACUGCAAAAGUCAGAUAACACAUUGGAGAAAAAUGGAGAAAGACUACGAAAGUCUGAAAGAGCGCCUUGACACAUUGCCUGAUAAGCUGUCCUAUGAUAUAAUGGUACCAUUCGGCCCUUUGGCUUUCAUGCCUGGGAAGCUGGUUCACACUAAUGAGCUCACAGUUCUCCUUGGAGAUAACUGGUUUGCAAAGUGUUCUGCUAAACAGGCCCAGACGCUUGUAGAACACAGAAAUAAACAUGUAAAGAAUAAACUUGAUGAUUUGCACAAAGUAAUGAAAAACUUUCAAGACAAAGCAGGCUUCACAGAAGACCUUGAAAAAAUGACUAGUGCUACAGGAGAUUUUGUUGACAUUAGAGAAGAAGUUGGAGAAGAGGAAACCGUAACCAAAGGUAAACAUCGUGUGGCCCACAAGCCCAACUCCAAGCCCAAGGAGGAGUAUGUUGUGCAGUUGGAGGAGGACAUUAGAGAAGAUGGAGAGAGCAGUAAAGGAGCGCUGUGUGAAGAAGAACUGUGGGCUCGGCUGGAUGAGCUGGAGCGUCUGGAGGAAGAGCAGGAUGAGAGAGAUAGAUUGGACAGCACAGACACCAACGGAGAGGACACUACUUCAUCUUCUUCAGAGGAAGAGAAGGAAGCAGACUCUGGCGAAGUGGCCCAGGUUAAUGGUCACAGUCACUGUGAGGACCAGGCUCCUGCCCCUGUCAUAGGCCAGGUCAAUGGCAUCUCCAGGCCACAGCUUGAUGAGGAGGGGAAUGAAGAACAAGAAGAAGAAGAGGAAGAAGGCAACGGUCUGCCAACUAUCUAUUUCUCUCACACAGUUGAGCCCAAAAAAGUGAGAAUAAACACAGGAAAGAACACCACUCUGAAGUUCAGUGACAGGAAGGAGCAAAAACAACAAGGGAAGCGGAAAAAGAAGAACGGCAAAAGCAACGGCCACUCUAUUCAUGAGCAUCAUAAGAUUUCAACUCCCGCAGAUAUCUACAGGGUAUUUGUGGAUGUGGUGAAUGGCGAGCCUGUCCCGAGGAAAUCCAUUCUGAAGUCGCGCAGCCGUGAGAACAGUGUGUGCAGUGACACCAGUGAGAGCAGCACAGCGGAUUUUGAAGAGCGGCGUGCCUUUUUUGGCCGCACACACAGCCACGACGAAGCCACCCACAGUGACGCCAGCGAUGGGAUUACGGAGGAGGACAGCCUUUCUCACAUAAGCCUUCGCCCUAAUGGACGCUUUGAGGCUUUCUCAGGCACAGUGGUUGAAAAGGAUCCCCUGCCCUCAUCUAUCCCUCACCUGACCAUUGCCCCUCCUGCCCUACCCACAAUCCCUGAAAGAAAGCAGGAAGAGGUGGGCUCAGAAGUGCCCCAGGAGCCACCCAAAAGGGUGUCAAAGUUCAAAGCUGCCCGGUUGCAACAGAAGUGAUAGAGCCACUCUCUGGGAUCUAAUGGUUACUUUUUUUAAACUCCUUUUUGUAGAACUGUAACACUUGUAGGCUUGGUUUUUGUUGUGCUUCUGUCCUGCCCCAUCUGUUCUCUCUGCGCUGCUGUACUGUGCUGUCUUCCUCAAGCCAGUCCAGUCUGUUUCUACUCAAUACGCUCUGUGUGCUAUGCAUCUUUUACACAUACACUUUUCUUUCUGUCUUGUAAGAAUCAUGGCAGUGGGAGGUGUUGCCUUUGUGUAGCUUCUCCUCUCUGCUAAAUUGCCCUGGCACUUUUUUGUGGCCACAGGGCCACAUAUGUCAUCUUCACAAACACUCUUUGCCUUUGCCUUUUUUGUUCCUCUAGGCCACCUAUGUGAACAAUGUGAAAAUAAAAUGUUAGCAUUAGAAAUAUCGUGGCUCCACACUGCACAUAUAUAUGGCUGUUCUUUGAAGAGUUCAUUGUCUUAGUGAUUCACUAGUUGCUGUGGUGACAUGCCUCAUCAUUAAGAUGCUUAAUAUUUUCUACCUUACAAAGUCCUGCAAGAAAGUCUGCUUUGACUUUAUGCUUUCCGUUGAGCUUAUUUUUCUAAAUGUUUUGCUUUAUUUCCAGGUUUUGAAUGUAGACCAGCUUUUGUGACUGCCUACAAAUGUUGUUAACUGGAAGGAGAAUAAAAGAUUUUGCCUAUAAAAUUUCUCUGUU